CUUCCACCGACGUGCAGCCAUGAUGCAACUGUGCAACAGCCUCCCGCCUGCAGGAUCUUCCUUGCCUUGACGUUAGCCUCCAUCACGAUGUCGCGAGUUGCGGACGCAGCACGCAUCGCUCCCUACCUCACCCACGCAGUCAGCCACCAUGGCCAGGUCACCCUGAUACCACCAGAUAAUGCUGGUCGUGUCCGAAAAACAAAGGCAAAGAAGGGCCCCAGAAGGGCAGAAAGGCGACGGGAUGAAGAAGAGAUACGAUUUAAUGUAGGACCACGGCAUGGACACACGAAGCCCUCUACUGGUCGAAAUGCGACUCGACAGCCAAGACACCGAGAUGACGACGAAAUGAGCAUUCCUGACUACCCUCCACCGUCGUUCCUCGAAGCAAUUUCGACACCGCCGUUGUCCGUCUGUCCCAGCACCACGACCCUAGUAACCGCGCCUCGACAGACGAACUGUACCUCAAAUUCACCCCCGUCCCCUACGAGUCUACACUCGGAUGCAGACUCGGACGAAUCGAUCGAAAUUAUUGAAAUGGCCUCAGUCAUUGGCGCGGCUGAAAACCAGGUGAACAAACGGUUUCACAAGAGGUGGGCGCCGUCCUCCACACAUAGCGACCCAGUACAUAACCGCGGGCGUAGACUGGGCAUCGAGCGCGCUAUCCUAGACUCCGAUUCCGACGAUGCUGAGCCAUCACCGCCACCACCGAGCCGUUCCAGGCAUCUUUCUCUUUCCCCUUUCCGUCUUUUGUCGCCAAAGACUCCAGCCACUCAAUCAGACCAAUCGAACACUCCAUACCGGUUAUCUUCGCCAUUCUUGAGGAGUACGACGUCCCUACGGGCGACAAUGUCGUCUUCUUCCCUCAGACUUCCGUUGUCACCCUCAUCUUCGCCGCGUGGAGACAGUCCUCUUGGACGUAAGCUAUUCUCAAAGGGCAAGGAACGUUCGAGAAGUUGCGAAACAUUGGACUCUUGGGAGGUGUUAGAAUCAGAGCUGGAGCCGCCAACGAGCUUGCUGUCUGCAGUAGAGGCGGUAUCGUCUCCGGAUGCGUCGCCUACACAAGAUCAUCCUUUUCCAUCCCCCAGCUCCAGCUUUCCCCCACGUACUCGCCGUUCGCCUCCGCCGCCGCCACCACCUCGUCAUGGCGUCACCCGGCCUCCUCCCCCGCCUCCCGGAGCCGCACAGCCUCAUAUUCUCAGCCAGCCCUCAUCACCUCUAGCGUCUCCUAUAAAUUCUCUGGAGGCGAACACCGCGAUCACAACCGAGCGGAGCAAAAUUUCGCUGCCACCGCCAGGUCCGCCUCCUUUCCCAUCCGACGUUGAAGCACCUGGUCCAUCGACCAGUACCAGCCAAUACGGUCCUUCAUUGCCUGCUAACGCAGAAUCUCCCGUUCGAUCUACGAGACCGUAUAUGCAUCCUUUAUCAACUGCAUCCUUUCCUGUAUCCCCUCAGUCUUCCCCAUCAUCGGCCGGACCCUCUCCAGCAUCUUCUGAAACACCCACACGCCAUCAUUAUCUCGGAAGACCAUUGCCACCCCGUCCUGGGCAGGUAACCACCCAAAAUAUUCCAACAAAUCCUGUAUUCUGUGCCGAGGACCUUCUCAUCGAUUUUGAUGAACACACCCCCGUCGUCACGCCGGCCGCUUCCUCUUCUGCGCGCGAACUAACAGACUUUGACCUUUUGAUGGCAAGUUUGGAGCGUGACGACGUGGCUGAUGGGUCGAACUACGACACGUUGUUACUGGUUUCGGAAAUUAUGGGGCCCGCUUCCGCUACGCUCACUCCGUCUUCGCCUCCGCUGCCCACGCCUAAGCUAGGCCGUGUGUCGGUGGAGCGGCGGAGGGUGAUGAAAGACGGGAGGGUGAAGUUGAAACUGGUCUUGUUGGAGAGAAAAGUGGAUCGGUGUGGAGUGUGUUUGGCGCAAUUCAAGGAGGCUGAUAGGGGUGCACUGAGCUCGAGCUGUGGGCAUGCCUUUCAUGAGGUGUGUUUGAGGAAGUGGCUGAUGAGGAGUCGGACUUGCCCAAUGUGUCGGGAAACGUUGGGUGGAAUGUAGGAUGCUGGACAUCUCUUUCGUAGUAUCUCUUGCUUUGGACGGUACUUUGUAGGAUGACAUAUAGGUUUUUGUAUCGAUUAGUGUGGAAUACAGACUUUGCUGAAUUGCUAGCUCUUUGCAAUCCUCAAAAAUAUUACGACAUUAUACUUUUUGAAUGUUCUUAUACCUAGCUACACCGAAUCGA